CGCAUAUCAGUUGAACAAACAACCGCUGCAGAAGCUGUCUUCUUUGCCACGUGGAGGAAUGUGAAAAAUUUCCUCGCGGUUGAAUGCAUUGAGGCUUCAUUUAGGGCCCAGAAACAUCGCCCAUCAAACAUGAAGACGGUGCUGAUGGUAGCAGAGAAGCCCUCUUUAGCGCAAUCAAUCGCCAAGUUCCUCUCCAAGGGGCAGAUGUCCACAAGGAAAGGCCUUAAUGGUGUUUGUUCAGUACACGAGUACAAUGGACAGUUUAACAAAGAACCGGCAAGAUUUAAAAUGACCUCUGUCUGCGGCCACGUAAUGACCUUGGAUUUUCAUCACAAGUUCAACAACUGGGAUGCUGUAAAUCCCCAGGAGCUGUUUACAGCUACCACGUUGAAGAAGGAAGCCAACGAAAAACUACAAAUUCCGAGGUUUUUACAGCACGAGGGGAAAGGGGUAGAUUACAUCGUUUUGUGGUUGGAUUGUGACAAAGAAGGGGAAAACAUCUGUUUUGAAGUGCUUGAUUGUGUCAAGCCAGUCAUGAACAAACGAUCAGGAUCUAAAACUGUCUACCGUGCAAAGUUUUCUGCAAUUACUGAAACUGAUAUUUGUAGUGCUAUGCAUCGCCUGAGUGAGCCCAACAGAAAUGAAGCAAGGUCUGUAGAUGCUAGGCAGGAGCUGGACCUGAGAAUUGGUUGUGCUUUCACACGAUUUCAGACUAAGUACUUCCAAGGCAAAUAUGGUGACCUGGAUAGUGCGUUGAUAUCGUAUGGCCCUUGCCAAACUCCUACUCUUGGUUUCUGUGUUGAGCGGCACGACCAGAUACAGUCAUUCAAGCCUGAAACAUACUGGGCUUUGAAGCCACAGGUGCGGCACCCAAGUGGUCAAACAAUGCAUCUUGAGUGGGAUAGAGUGAGACUGUUUGACAAGGAGGUGGCCUCUAUGUUUCAGAGAGCUGUCCAAUCUUCAAAAUCUGCAGCUGUGAUUGGUGUUUCAAAAAAGGAAAAAGCAAAGCAGAGACCUAUCGCACUAAACACUGUGGAAAUGCUUCGUAUGGCUUCUUCAGGACUUAACAUGGGACCACAGCACUGCAUGCAGAUAGCAGAGAGGCUUUAUACUCAGGGAUACAUAAGCUACCCAAGAACUGAAACCACUCAUUAUCCGGAGAAUUUUGAUCUCAAGGGAACUCUUAGACAGCAACAAUCAAAUUCUGUUUGGGGAUCACUGGUACGUGAGCUUCUCGACGUGGGGAUCAACAAGCCAAGAAAGGGGCAUGACGCAGGGGACCAUCCGCCCAUAACCCCUAUGAAACCAGCAAGUGAGGCGGAGUUGGGAGGGGAUUCAUGGAGGCUGUAUGAAUUUAUCACGAGAACCUUCAUUGCCAGCAUCAGCUAUGACUGCAAAUAUUUACAAACAACCGUGAAAUUUGCUGUUGAUCUUGAAACUUUUUCAUUCAGUGGGAAGACUGUGACCAGCCCUGGCUUCACUUCCGUCAUGCAUUGGCAAGCCAUUUCCAGUGAUGAGCGCAUGCCACAGUGUCACAAGGAUGAUGUGUAUGAAAUUGUAGAAGUGAAGCUUGAGGAACGUCUGACAUCUCCUCCUGAUUACCUUACGGAGAGUGAGCUGAUUUCAUUGAUGGAGAAACAUGGAAUUGGCACGGAUGCAAGCAUUCCUGUUCAUAUCAACAAUGUUUGUGAGAGGAACUAUGUUCGUGUGUUGAGCGGUAGACGUCUUCAGCCCACCCCUUUGGGAAUUGUACUGGUACAUGGUUACCAGAAAAUUGAUUCUCAACUUGUUCUUCCAACAAUGCGCUCAGCCGUUGAGCAACAGCUGAACCUAAUUGCGCAGGGUAAGGUGGACUUUGACUCUGUUUUGCAGCAUGCUCUGAGCAUCUUCACUAGAAAGUUUGUUUACUUUGUGCAAACUGUGACCAGCAUGGAUGAGCUCUUUGAAGUUUCCUUCACUCCACUGAAAGAUACAGGGAAACCUCUGUCCAGAUGCGGCAAAUGCAACCGGUACAUGAAGUUAAUCAAUGCCAAGCCAACUCGGCUACACUGCGCUCAGUGUGACGAGACUUACAGUCUUCCUCAAAAUGGUAGCAUCAAACUUUUUAAAGAACUUAGAUGUCCCUUGGAUGAGUUUGAGUUGGUGGUAUGGUCCACUGGGGGUAAAGGAAAGAGUACUCCAGUUUGUCCUUACUGUUACAAUCAUCCACCCUUUCCUGAUAUGAGGAAAGGCAUGGGCUGUAAUCAAUGUACACACCCGACAUGUGCCCAUUCUGAGGCCAAUCUUGGAAUUGCCGAUUGCACAGAAUGUGACAGUGGAAGCCUUGUUCUUGAUGCUACAUCUGCUCCCAAGUGGAAAUUGGCCUGUAACAAGUGUAAUCUUGUCAUUCAUGUUUUUGAAGACGCAUUCCGUGUGAGUGCCACUGAUCAAGAGUGUGACUGCGGAACAACUCUUCUGAAUGUUGAUUUCAAUCGUUCCAAGUCACCUUUGGCUGGGGAUAAAACUCAGCAUCAAGGCUGUCUCUUCUGUGAUCCAGUUCUCUCCCCUCUGGUCAAGAUGUCACAUGCUGCUUCAAAGCACCCUAUGUACCGAGGAGGGAGGGGUAGGGGUGGGCGUCGUGGCAGGGGUGGCAGAAGAGGCAAGGGUAGAGGACGGCCAAAGGACAAGAUGUCUCAACUGGCCUCUUACUUUGUCUGA